AUGACCAUCGUCGCGCACGGCAGCGUGAAGAUGGACGGGCUGUGCAACGAGCAGUGUGGCGGGCACGCGAACUACGCCUUGUCUGAGAAGGUGACCACGUAUCCGAUCGAGAUUGUGAGGAGGGCCUUGUACUCGAUCGCCCUCGACGUGUCGGUCAAGAAGGCGCAGAGGCUGGUGUUCGAUUCCAUGACCACGUCGGUGUACUGUGAUGGACACGUCGAUCCAAGGUACAGCCUAUAG